GGCUGAACAGCGAAGGUUAAAAUCUUUCUGCUCAGUCUUCCUGCUCGAAAUCCAGCCUACUGUGCUAAUUAGAAAUGGCUUACAAUUUCAAAAUUUUAUCUGGCUUUCUGCUGCUUUUAAGCGCUGCUGGUGUGCUGAGUGACUGUGUUGUGUACACAAAAGCGCUUCAGUCUAAUGGUCCUAGCACAAUCACUACUACCCAGGGCUGCCAAGACUACUGUGUGUCCCUGGGGAAUUGUAUAUUAUAUACCUACACACAAAGCGGAUGCAUUGUAACUAGCGUUGGUGUGAAUGGGGCUACGGAUACAAACGGAUUUGGGUUUGUUGUUUGUGAUCCGAUAACGCCAACUACUUCAACGGUCUCGACAACCACUUCUACCACAACCACAACAACCACACCAACCACCACCACCACAACCACCCCCACAACCACCACCGACACCACAACCACCACCACAACCACCCCGACAACCACAACCACCACCGACACCACAACCACCCCCACAACCACCACCACAACCACCCCGACAACCACCACCGACACCACAACCACCCCCACAACCACCACCACAACCACCCCGACAACCACAACCACCCCCACAACCACCACCACAACCACCCCGACAAUCACCACAACCACCCCGACAACCACCACAACCACCCCGUCAACCACCACCACAACCACCCCGACAACCACCACAACCACCCCGACAACCACCACCACAACCACCCCGACAACCACAACCACCACUGACACCACAACCACCACCACAACCACCACAACCACCCCGACAACCACCACCACAACCACCCCGACAACCACCACCACAACCACCCCGACAACUACUACCACAACCACCCCAACAACCACCACAACCACCCCGACAACCACCAUAACCACUCCGACAACCACCACCACAACCACUCCAACAACUACCACAACCACCCCGACAACCACCACAACCACUCCAACAACCACCACAACCACCCCAACAACCACCACAACCACCCCGACAACCACCACAACCACUCCAACAACUACCACAACCACCCCAACAACCACCACAACCACCCCAACAACCACCACAACCACUCCAACAACCACCACAACCACCCCAACAACCACCACAACCACCCCGACAACCACCACCACAACUACACCAACAACCACCACAACCACCCCAACAACCACCACAACCACUCCGACAACCACCACAACCACCCCAACAACCACCACAACCACUCCGACAACCACCACCACAACCACCCCAACAACCACAACAACCACCCCGACAACCACCACCACAACCACCCCGACAACCACCACAACCACCCCGACAACCACCACCACAACCACUACAGCCACUACCACCAAGACCACCAAACGCAAGUCAAAAAGUAGAUCACGUAAUGGCAGCAAAUCUAACUCCAGCGGAGGUCGCCGAGGGUUCUUCGGAUUUGGUCGCAGGAGAUGGUUUUAAAACCAAAGGAAAUCCUGGCUGAAAAAAAAAGUUAUUGUGACGUUUACCUGUCUUACUCACAGUCUGGGCAUGGAUUUACGACGCUCGUAAACUUUAUAAAAAAUAUUUGACUUUAGUUGAAUGUGUUCUUGUAAAAACAUUUACUAUUGUUGUGUUAUUAUUUAUUUUUUAUUAGUCAUAAUCAAGUAAUUGAUAAACUGAGUUUUUUUUUCCUAAUUACUUCAGAUGUGUAUUCAUAUCUUUUUAAUAUAGAAACAAUAUUCUGUUUUAAUUGUUACUUUUUUGGGAUAAUAAAAUUUUACGAUAAA